CCGGUGGUUUUAGCUUCAGUCUACCAGAGUUGCCAAAGCGGUUAGAAGUCGUUUGGAAAGCCUUUUAGGCGAAUCUCUCUGAUCCAGAAAGCCAGCUGGUUUCUCCUGAGGUGCUUUUGAAAUUUGCCCGCGACCACUGAUCCUGGCCCAGGUGCAUGGGGAAGACGCUAAGGGUAUAAACUCAAACAUUGAACCUGAAGACAGCGCAAAGUAGAAACUGAAACUACCCUGGCUGCUCUGCGGGCAGAGCCUACGGAAGUCAUGCUGGCAAAGCCACAGCCUCUGGCCAGCCGGUGAUGCAUGCGGCCCCUCCUGGGAUGGAUGGACUAGGCGCGACGUGGGCGAGAGGAGCCAGCUGCCCGGACUGCCCUGCCCAGCACCGGCGUGCGGCCACUCGGCGGAUGUCCGGGGUCCUGGGCGUGAUUAUGGGUGAUGAGAGCUCGCUCCUGCUUCAGUUCCAGUCAUCAUGACUACACCCACCUCCCGCAGACCAUGUUCCAUGUUUCUUUCAGAUAUAUCUUUGGAAUUCCUCCCCUGAUCCUUGCUCUGUUGCCUGUCACAUCAUCUGACUGCCACAUUAAAGAUAAAGAAGGUAAAGCAUAUGAGAGUGUGCUGAUGAUCAGCAUCGAUGAAUUGGACAAAAUGACAGGAGCUGUUAGCAAUUGCCCAAAUAAUGAACCAAACUUUUUUAAAAAACAUCCAUGUGAUGAUGCAAAGGAAGCUGCCUUUCUAAAUCGUGCUGCUCGCAAGCUGAAGCAAUUUCUUAAAAUGAAUAUCAGCGAAGAAUUCAAUGUCCACUUGCUAACCGUUUCCCAAGGCACGCAGACGCUGGUGAACUGCACAAACAAGGAAGAAAGGAAUUUAAAGGAACAGAAGAAGAAUGAUCCAUGUUUCCUAAAGAGACUACUAAGAGAGAUAAAAACUUGCUGGAAUAAAAUUCUGAAGGGCAGUAUACAAACAUAGGACAUGUAUUUGCAACCUCCAAAUAUCUACCACUUUAUACAUUUUGAGGAGUUGAAAUCCUCCCAGAAGUUGUUGGAUACCUCCUGAUCAAAUGACCAGAGCAACUGGGAAAAACCACACAAUAAGGUACUAGAAAUGGACACGAAUAACACAACUCACUGCUGAAGUAAGAAUUAUACGUGUGGACAGUUAUGAGCCGUACUGACGUAAAGCAAUCAUGUCACCUGCAAUACUUUUCGACUCUUUCUACAUAUUUCAGAAGAUACCAAAUCCACAGCAAUAAAGCCUACACGGAUUCAAUGUCACCAUUGUUUUAUUAGCCUACUGUGCCUACUGUGAAUCUUCUAAAGAGUGAAACUGUCAUUUCGUAAGCUGGAGAUGAUGGGGGCUCACAGAGAUGGAUAUCGCUCGUGAAAACGAGUCGUAUCCCAAAGCAAUGGCAGCGAAACAAGCUUAAGGCGUAAAAGACAGAUAACAAGUAAUGUAGUUCAACAUGAAUGUAUAACGCACAUCUUCAGUAAAGAGCAUAGCACAUCUUUAUCUUUAAAUAAAAGAACUUUUAAAGAUAGAAAUUCACUUAGUCCAAAGAUUAGUAUCCAGCCACUUUUGCCAUUUAUGUAUACUAAAGCUUGUAUAGCUGAAUUUUCAAUUUGGGAAGUAUAUUUUUAAGAUAAUAAUAUAUGUUAGACUUUUAAUUAAUGUAUAUAUUUAAUUUUGACAUUAUCUAUAUAUAAACUAUUUUCAUACAAUACUGCCAGUCGCCUACUUUGAAUAGUUUCUCUUUUUAAAAUAAACGACCUAUGUGUUGACACUGUCAAGCUCAUUAAGAAU